AAGAUUCUGUGUAAUUAACGACAUGAAAUGCAGAGACUUCAUAAAAAAUCAAAAUAGUUUGAGAAAUGUACACAAUAAUGUGCUCUUAUCCAGAAUAACCGUAGACUCCCUCACAGCAACGCGUUCAUAAGACAGUCUGUCCCGGUCUAAUAUGGCGGCGAUUUAGACACACAAUUCAACGGCUAAUGUGAAGUUUAUGUUUGCAGAUCCAGCGACCUACCACGUUUUUUUGAAGUGUGCUUACACUAGUGAGCUAAAAGAGCAGUGAGACUCGCGAACGAUUUACAUUUUUGCGGGUGUUUUACAUUGUUUUACGUUAUAUCUCGUGGACGCAUUUAAAGCCAUGUCCGAAGCGGUGCGUGCGAUGUGUGACGAGCUUACAAAAGCUGUUAAUGUGAUGAUGGAUGCAGAAUCCAGCCAAAGAUACCGCCUGGAGGCCCUUAAGUUUAUUGAAGAGUUCAAGGAGAAAUGUCCCUUCUGUGUUGAGUGUGGUCUCCAGUUAGCGGACAAAUCACAGACUGCAGUGGUCAGACACUUUGGCUUGCAGAUACUGGAACAUGUGGUCAAGUUUCAGUGGAAUAACAUGUCACUGGAGGAGAAAGUCCAACUGAAAAACUGCACAAUGGAGCUGUUAUCACAUGGUAUGCAGCCGGUUCUGGAAGAGGAAUGUUAUGUUAAGGAUGCCCUGUCACGCAUAGUAGUUGAAAUGGUCAAGAGAGAGUGGCCGCAGCACUGGCCUGACAUGCUUAAGGAGAUGGAGGCGCUUACUGCUAUGGGGGAUGCUCAGACAGAACUUGUGAUGCUUAUUCUGUUACGGUUAGCUGAGGAUGUGAUCACAUUUCAAACAUUACCCAUUCAAAGACGGCGAGAUAUCCAGCACACCCUUACACAGAAUAUGGACAGCAUCUUCACCUUUCUGCUCGGUGUACUGCAGCUCCAUGUGAACGAGUACAAGAAACUGAAAAGCAUCGUUGGUCAAGAGUUAAGGAUGAAAGCUCACUGUCGUGUGGGUGUGGCUACUCUUAAUACUCUGGCGGGCUACAUUGACUGGGUUGCUCUAUGUCACAUCACUAAUGAGAACUGCCGUCUUCUGGAGAUUCUGUGCCUUCUGCUGAGUGAACCUGAGCUACAGUUGGAAGCUGCAGAGUGUCUUCUCAUUGCCAUUAGUAGAAAGGGAAAGUUAGAGGAACGGCAGCCUCUUAUGGUGCUAUUUGAUGAAGCUGCCAUGAAUUAUAUCCUUUCUGCUGCACGGUCUGCAGAUGGGGAAGCUACAUGCAACCAAUCAUCAAAUGGCAUCGUUGAAAGAAGAUACACAUUUUUGAAAAGGCUGUGUCAAGUUCUCUGUGCCCUUUGUGGCCAACUCUGCUCACUCGUGGGUUCAGAUGUUGAAGUGCCGGUUCCUGUUAACCUGAAUAAGUUUAUGGAAGCACUUCUGUCCUUCACUACCCAUCCCAGCCAGUUUUUGAGGUCUUCUAUUCAAAUCACAUGGUGUAGCCUAUUCCGACAUGAGGUUUUAUCAAAGGAUCCUGUAGUUGGCCAAAUGGCCAUCAAAUAUUUAGAAGUGGCAAGGAUUAAUCUUGUUAAGACUGGAUUUCCCUCAAAAAAUGAUAGUCAAGGCUGCGAUUUCUCCAGGAUGGACUUUGAUAGUGAUGAAGAUUUUAACUCCUACUUUAAUUCUUUCAGGGCUCAGCAGGGUCAAGCAGUUCGCCUGGCUUGCAACAUUGCCCCUUUUGAAGCCUUUCAGAUUGCUAGAGAAUGGCUCAAGCAUCAGAUAAGCACACCUAUAGAUACUGGUAGUACUACAUCCAAGACAGGGGAAGGUCUCUGUUCUGCUCUGUCCCCCUCAGCGGUUCAGUGGGAAGCCAUGACUUUCUUCAUUGAAUGUGUUUUUGGACAACUCUUCAAAAUGCCCGAGAAGGAGAAACAGCCUGUUGAUGGGAGCAUGGAGUUGUUGAGGGCGAUUGUGAACUAUGAGACGAGAGAUCCACUAAUUCUCUCAUGUCUUCUUACCAACAUAUCCACUCUCUUUCCCUUUGUGAAACACCAGCCUCACUUUUUGCCUCAAGUACUCUGUAAGAUAUUUCCUUCCAUCACAUUUGAGUUGGAAGAAAGCAAGGUGCCUUGGACUCGAGCUGUUAAGAACGUCAGAAGACAUGCGUGUUCCUCCAUCGUCAGGAUGUGUCGAGAUUUUUCUGAGCUUAUGCUGCCGUGUUUUGACCUGAUGUACGAGCAUGUGAAGAGGUUGUUCUCCGAUGAGUUGCUGCUGACGCAGAUGGAGAAAUGUGCCCUCAUAGAAGCCUUAAUACUUAUCAGCAAUCAAUUUAAUGACUACAACAAGCAGAAAGCCUUCCUGGUGGAGCUCAUGGCACCUGUUACUGCACAGUGGCUGUCAGGAGAGAUGAAAAGGGUGUUAUGGGAUCCUGCUGCUUUCUUGGCUUAUGUUGGAGCGGAUCAGGUGAACUGUGAAUCGGGCACAGAGGACCAAACUGGUAUUAACAGGGCACGGAUCAGUUUUUGUGUGUACACCAUAAUGGCAGUGGUGAAGCGUGCUCGUUGGCCUGCUGACCCUGAAGCAGCUAAAAGGGGCAACUUCCUGGUGGGGUACACUACUGAUGGAGCCCCUAUCUACAGAAAUCCCUGUGCUGAGACCCUGUGUCCCCUGCUACCUAACCUACUGGCCCUUAUCAGGACCCUGAGCAGUUUGUUCUUGCCAGAGAACCUUGCUCGGCUCAGCAACACCUUCACUAACGUUUAUGACAUAAUGGAUGUGGAAAAGAAUUUUGUUUUAGGAGUUGUUCAGCCAGUGUUAGAUGCCUACGAUACCCCAGUGUAUAGAACUGUUGUUGAACGCAUGCAGGGCUUCUUCUCCUCCCUCUACGAUAGCUGCUACCAGAUCCUUGGGAAUGCAGGUUCAUGCUUGGAACAAGAUUUUUAUGCAAUAGAGGGUUUGGUGGAACAGAUUGUUGGCUCUGCCUUUAUACAUCUUGACAGCCUUCCAGACCAUAGGCUUCGCUCCCUGCUCCGUUUAUUUGUGAAGCAGUUGGCUAUAUCCUGUCCUCACGAGUACUAUGACAGCCUUCUCUGUUUGCUGUUGGGCCCUUUGUUUCGUCAUCUACUGCAGAGACUAAACUUUCAGUGGCCGCUUGUCAACCAACGGACCAGUAAUUUGUGUGGUCAAGUGGAGGAUGAUACUUAUGAAGAGAACCAGGUGACUCGAGAAAUGGUGGAGGAACAGAUGUUGCGUUUGCUUACACGAGAGGUCAUGGACCUUCUGAGUGUGACUUGUAUUGCAAGAAGGUUUCCAGACUCCUUUGGGAAAAAAGAGGAAGAAGAGGGACACGAAGAGAUGAUGUUAAUGGAUUCCUCUCAUGGUAAUCAAAUGAAUGCUGCUCAGGCAUCAGAUGAGCUCUCAGAAUUGGGCAAGAAACUUCUUCAGUGUGAGGAUAUUUAUAUGACUCUCCUGACUAUUUCUUUUAAUUCCCUGUCCUGGAGAGACACUGUGAACUGCCAAAGAACUGCUAGUAUGCUCUGCUGGCCUUUGCUAAGACAGGUCGUUGAUGGUAACCUGCUACCAGAAGCUGUGACCUGGCUUUUCACCAGUGUACUGAAAGGACUGCAGAUGCACGGGCAGCAUGAAGGCUGUAAUGCAGCUCUAACUCAACUGUCGUGGCUCAUCUACGAGACUCUGAGGCCUCGGUACAUUGAGCUACGUUCCGUCAUGAAUCAGAUCCCAGACAUCCACAUAGAUGCACUUGAGCAGUUUGACCAAAAAAACAUCCAGCCCACUGGCUCAAAGGCUGCGGAGAAAAAGAGAAAGGAUCACUUUAAGAGACUUAUUGCGGGCACUGUGGGGAAACCACUAGGACAGCAGUUCAGGAAAUAUGUUCACAUCCGAAACUUACCAUCUCUUUUUAAGAAACCGAAGCCUACGCAAGAUAUUUUGGAGAACACUAAUGCUGCAGGACUGAUCGGACUAUUCAAUCCUGAGUGUGACAACUGCUGAGGAAACAGUCACUUUACAAUAUCUUAUGGACAGUUGACCUGGGUUUUUUUAGAGCAAUUCAUUAUUACACAAGAAGAGAACAUUUGUGUGUUCAUGUUACAUGAUUGGUUGUUUUUGUUGUUUUAUGUGUCAUUGUUAUCUUAAAAAAAUAAAAAGUUGUAUGAGGACCUCUGCUUGAAAAAGCAAUUUAACAGGAAAACAAAGUAACUUUGAAAGAGUAAUGCAAAAUCUUUGUAAUUUUAACUAAUUUAUUCUGUGAAUUAGAUGUCCAAAACCAGCAUCCAACACUACAUUCCAAUAUUGUAUGAUGGCCUUUUUUAAAUAAAAGACCAGGUCAAGGCUAAUUACCAUUUGACAUGACUGUGUACAGAUUGUGUAAAAUGUGUUGAUUUAUAUUCAGAAUUUUUAAUAAAUGUAUACUUGAACAGUU